AAAGCGUAGUUCUGCGAGCAGAGUCAGUCAGACCAGCGACUUUUCCAGUGGCGACUGGCCCAGGGGAGAAUCAUGAGAGAACGUGACAUGACGUCUUUGGCGACGAUUGACACAAGCGCCUCAGUAUAUCAGCCGGCACAACUUCUAAACUGGGUAUACCUUACCUUGGCGGACUCCCACCCUUCUAAUGUACAAACUGGGCAGUCCCUGUACUCCGAUCCCUGGUCAGCUAACCAGGUUUCAACCCAGGCUGUUUCUUCCGUGAACACAGUCAGCUCCCUACUUCAGAAAACAGGGGGGACGCAGAAUCUGUAUGGUCUCAACGUACACACAGAGCAGCAGCACCCCUGGUCCAGUCCAGCACUCACCUCCCAGCCGGCUCUCGCCACCAACAUCAACACCGCUAACCACUACCAGAAUGGCAGCUUAUCAGGACUGUCAACGACGUCACCUUAUGGGAGUAUACAAGAUCUGGCCGACCACUUCAGCGACCUGUCUCUGUCCAUGGAACGCAAGCCCAGCAAACGUCCCCCCUCCUCCUACCUGUGCCACCUGUGCUUCAACAAGGGUCACUACAUCAAGGACUGCCCCCAGGUAGGGAAGGCCCGACCCAAAGGUGAAGGUCUCACACCCUACCAGGGCAAGAAGCGAUGUUUCGGUGAGUACAAGUGCCCCAAGUGCAAGCGCAAGUGGAUGAGUGGGAACAGCUGGGCGAACAUGGGACAGGAGUGCAUCAAGUGUCACAUCAACGUCUACCCUCACAAACAGCGACCUUAUGAAUUCUUGGAGAAGCGUCCACUGGAAAAGCCGGAUGGCCUGGAUGUUUCUGACCAGAGCAAAGUCCACCCCCAGCACCUGUGUGAGAAGUGCAAGAUGCUCGGCUACUACUGCCGACGGAUGAACUAACUGGGGCAGCGUGACGAUGACAUCUGCAACUGUGGUGCUACGGAGACUUGCAUGACCUGCUUAAUGUGUGUGGUGCCUUUCCGCGUGCCUUCUCUCUGCUUAUUGACCAGGUUUAUUGUGAUUUACCAAUGCCAGCCUCGGCAGACAUGUUUGAAGUUUUCUGGUUAACUUUCGGCAGAGAACUGCUUCCUAUGCAACUGAUAGUGCUCAAGCUGUUAGUCUCUUCACAAUAGUGGAAAAUUAUUCUCACUUUUUCACAAGUGGAUUUGAUGAUGUAGUAUAAUCAAGUUAUGUGUCAAAUUUAUUCAGGUAUUUUAUUCUGUGUACGGUUACACUUUUCAAACCACAUUUUCUAAUAUUGACAUACAAUAUUUGCACUCCAAUGUAUCUGAGGGAUUUUUACUGUAAGAAUGGAGGUUUGGAGUGAUGCCUUGAAGGACCAGUCCUUGAGGGAGACAUGAUAUACUCAACCAUGUUGGUGAGGGUCAUAUUUCCCACUCGGUAUAAUACAUUCUACCACUGACCAAAAGUCCGCUUUGAUCUGUACAUUUCUGAAUUUUUUUUGUUCGUUUUGGGGGUUGUCACUGAAAUAUUCACUGACUUCCGGGUAUGAAUACUUUGUAUAUAUUUGUGCAUUAUCCCUUGCUAAGCAGAAACUGUUUGAAGACAUUGUGUGUAUAAUUUUGUUCCAAUUUACUAAGAUCCAUGGAAGGAGCUUUUUAAGCACACGUGGUCAAAUAUUCUUAAAUUCCAUCCACAGACAAGAUAUGGAGUUGAUUUUAAAAAGAAUUGUUACUCAUUGUCAGACAUAAGAAGAGACAUCUUCUGUGUAUUUCGCAUCAUAAUAUCAUCAUAUAUUUUGUAUAAUUUGGUUUAUUCAUGGUGCAGUCUUCUAAGAAGCGCCGCGUUUAGUUCCAUCAGUUUUGUGUCUAGCUGUGUGUACACUUAGAAGUCAUAUUUAAAUGACUGUUUCACUGUAUCAUUUAUAGAUUCACCUUCUAUUGAAAUCUUUUAGAUGUAUUGAAGAUCAAAUGUUGUAGCUCUUCUGCUGUGGAGUCAAGGCCGAUAAGAUGCAAUAUGCUUGCUCUGUAGAUUAGAGUCUGUACUCCUAUAUUCUGAGAUCUGCUUGAUUGAACCUGACUGAAUCAUACUAGGAUGCAGGUUCACCUAUAUGGUACUUAAAUAUAUCCAUUUUUAACAGUAACCGUGACAGCCUGAUAUUUUACUCACAGACAAUGAUAAAUAUUUAAAGAAUCCUACCUACAGACCUUUCUUGGAUGGGGUUAUUGUUUGAAUGCCUGUGAUUUUGCAGUCAUAUUACAUAUCUUGAGAAUAUAUUGUGUAUAUCUGCCUAUAUAAAUUAUGUCAAGUUCAAUCAAUUGGUUCCAUUUAUUUAAGUAUUUCAUACCCCUAGAUGUUGAUGUUUGCAGAAUAAUGCAAAGCCCAUGGGGCUUACCUUAGCUCAAGACUUUUGAGGCUGUAGAUUUUGAACUAUCAUUAUUUAACCCCUGUUGUUUACCUAUGUGUAUAAUUUUGGUUUGGCUUAUAGAGGUAGUUGUUCCUCUCAGUUAUGUUGUUCACUGUAUAUCUUGUAGCUUUUUGUUUUAUUGAACUGGUUGUCUGCACGUGAUAUAAGGGAUACUGUUAAGGGAUGUAUUGCCAUGGUGAUACAGCAAUUCAGAGCAGCCAUUAAGAAAAAACCCGUUUAUAUCCCCAAAUUAAAAGCAAAAUUUUACAAAUUUAAAAACUAAUUACAAUUGUUACUUUUCUUUUAAGGCUUACUUAUUACAGUUAAUAAGGUUUUACACUAUCAAGUACCUUGCUGCAUUUAUAGUUAUAUGCUUUUAGGCCUUACAUGCAAUAAAAUCAAUAAUAUUUUACUUAAUGAAAAGUACCUUGUUGCAUUUGUAUGGAAUGAUCCUGAACACCUGGUGAAACCUCGGUAUGGGUUAGGAUGAUAGUGUGGCAGUAUGUAUUGCACCUGCAGCAAUACACCCCUGACAUUGUUAGGUCAUGGCAUGACUGUUAUCCCAAUGAAAACGGCUCAAUUAGCGUUACUGAGUCUUUGACUAGAGUAUCUUUUUUAUAAGACAUUUCAUAUCAGUUUAUGUUUGUCAUUGAUAAUAAAAUUGCUGUUAUUUUAUGUUCAUCCUUUUCUUGAAGGCGGCUUAAGAUAGCUCUGUUUUGUAUUUUGUGAUUGUAAAAUGCCAAUAUUUUUAACUGGAGUAUUUUUACAAGUUAAAAAAUAACAAAUCAAGAUAAAAUUAGAAAUACAAAAUGGAGUUAUCUUGCCUUUCACUUGGUCCUUUGCAUUCCUGACAUUGAUGUAAGCAUUAAGUGUUACAUGCUUGUUCUGUGUGUCCUGAUUGGACAAAGGUGGAUGGAUUAAGAAAUAGGUCAUCACAUUGUCGUCAUAGAAACAAAGCUUUUCUUCAACAAUGUUCAUUAAGAAUUGCUCAUAUUCCUCUUAGACCAACCAGUCUAGAACUGCUGUUCUCUUGAUGUUCUAAACAUUCUAUUAAAAACUGAGUAAUGAAAUAGUAAGACAAUAUGUCUGAGAACAUGUUAAAUGACAUUGGUGGUGUACGACUUGCCACCAUCUUGACUGCUGUAUUGUGGGUGAUUCGAUCUGGUAUGAAUGACAUGAAUGUGUUCGAGAUGUGUGCUUUCUAUUGGUGCUGUUGAUGUGAACUGUGUGAUAGGGGCGUGGCUUUCAUCCACAUGUGCAUGAGUUUGUAAACUCCUUCAAUAAAAUGUGUUUGCUGUGAA